AUGUAUUUGGAGGAGGAGGAGUUGGGUGAAAUUGAGUUGUUGACCGAAAAAUGGGGCGGAAUUUGGCUCAAGAUUCCAGUCCAGGCAGAAUUUUUGUGGGGCCCAAUUUGCAGCAAACAAGAGCCACAUGGGCCCUCAUUUGAAGCAAAUGAUAUCCAGUUGCCCACUACCCCAAGUUGCUCAAUCCUGUCUUCUUCUUCUUCUGGCUCCUUCUCAAAGAGCCUGUAUCCAAGCUGGAACCAAGGACAGGUGGUACUAGGUGGUGGUCAGGAUGCAUCAGCUGUCACCACAACUGAUCAUCGUGCUGGGAAAUUCGAAGCCAAAUUCUAUGACGAGGUUCUUCAAGAAGAGAUUGGAGGUGUUAAAGGGCAUUUUGGACCUAUAAAUGCUUUGGCUUUCAAUCCUGAUGGACAGAGAGCGGCUCCUUCAUCUUUGUUGGACAGUUCAGACAAAAAUAUCCCAAUUAAACGGCCCGAUAAUGGAGGUACAAAAACUAUGAGAACUGUUAGGCUUUAUGUCAAUCAUUUUACUCUCUCAUACGAUCCCGAUAUUAUUAUAAGGCAUUAUAAUGUUCAUAUCAAGCUAAAGAACCAGGCUAAGAAUAGCCGUUCUGUGAAAAUGUCGAAGGACGAACUCUCUGCAAUAUGGAAGAAGUUAUCCUCUGAUAAUCCUUCGGAUUUUCCCUUGUUAAGUACAGCAUAUGAUGGUGGAAAAAACAUCUUCAGUGCCGUGCCGUUGCCCACUGAAUCAUUUAAGGUGGAAGUUCCUGCGGAAGAAGACACACGGUUCAGUUCAUACAUAUUUACCAUAAAGUUGGUAAAUGAGCUCAAGCUUUGCAAGUUGAAGGAGUACUUGAGUGGCCACGUGUUGUCUAUCCCUGGUGAUAUAUUGCAGGGUAUGAGUUUGGUGAUGAAAGAAAAUCCAACUAGGUGCUUGGUUUCUGUUGGGCGAUGCUUUUACCCCCCUAAAUCUAACGAAGACGACGACCUUGGACAUGGUGCUGCUGCAUUUAGAGGGUUUUGGCAUAGCUUAAGGCUGACUUCCCAGGGUCCUGCUUUGUGUCUUGACUACUCAGCGGUGGCAUUACAUAAGUGCAUGCCAGUUAUAGAUUUUCUUCAAGAGCGAAUAAGGGGUUUUACUUUAGAAGAUUUCACUAGGUUGAGGGGAGAUGUUGUGGGUGUAUUGAGGGGAUUGAAAGUUACUGUGACUCACCGGAAAACCAAGCAAAAGUACAUCAUCAAGGGGCUGACUUAUGAGAAUGCAGGAGAUAUUACAUUUGAUGCUGUAGAUAUAGAUGGCCAGUGUCCACCUAGGAAAGUUAGACUUCUUGAUUAUUUCAGUGAAAAACACCAGGAGAUCCAGUACAAAAACAUUCCCUGCUUGGAUUUGGGGAAAAAUGGUAGGGAGAACUUUACACCGAUGGAGUUCUGUGUCUUAGCUGAGGGGCAAACGUAUCCAAGGGAGCAUUCGGACAGAAAUGCUGCUAUCAAGCUGAAGGACAUUGCAAUGGCUUUACCAGGGAUUAGACAGAAGAAUAUACGUGAGAUGGUAGAAUCUAACGAUGGACCUUGUGGUGGUGGCAUCAUUGGGAAUUUUGGAAUUGUAGUCAACAAGGUUAUGACACCAGUAACAGGGCGUGUCAUUGUCCCACCCGAGUUGAAGUUGCGUGCUUCUAAUGGCAAGAUAGCUAAGGUAACAGUUCACCAAGAGAAAUUCGAUUGGACUCUGUUUGGGAAGUCUCUAGUGGAAGGAAAACCAAUCAGUUGCUGGGCUGUACUUGACUUCAGCACUUUUGAUCAAUUCUGUCUGGACUCUAAACAAUUCAUCCCGAAGCUCAUCUCAAAGUGCAACAAAGUGGGAAUCAGAAUGGAAGAGCCUGUUUUGUACGAAGCCACUAACAUGAGGCCAUUCACUAGUGUUCAGAUGCUUCGUCAGCUGCUUGAAAGCAUUAAGGAACAGGCAUACAAGAAAAGCAAAGGCCGUUUACAAUUACUUGUUUGUGUAAUGGCUCGAAGAGUUCCUGGUUACAAGUAUCUGAAGUGGAUCUCUGAGACUCAAAUUGGUAUAGUGACGCAGUGCUGCUUGUCAGAUAAGGCUAACAAAGCAAAUGACGAUUAUCUUUCAUAUCUUGCACUUAAGAUCAAUGCCAAGCUUGGAGGCAGUAAUGUAGAGCUAAGUGAUCGGCUUCCCCUCUUUGGGGGUGCAGGCCAUGUUAUGUUUGUGGGGGCUGAUGUGAAUCAUCCUGCUACGCAGAACACAAGAAGUCCAUCAAUUGCAGCUGUUGUUGCCACUGUAAACUGGCCUGCCGCGAAUCGUUAUGCUGCACGAAUCCGACCCCAGUUCUGUCGCAUGGAGAAGAUCUUGAAUUUUGGAGACAUGUGUCUGGAGCUUGUUGAAACUUAUGAGCGAUUGAAUAAAGUGAAGCCAGACAAAAUUGUUGUCUUCCGUGAUGGAGUCGGUGAGGGCCAGUUUGAUAUGGUUCUCAAUCAAGAGUUACUAGAUCUGAAGAGGGCUUUGGGAGGUAUAAAAUACUAUCCAACCAUCACACUAAUUGUUGCCCAGAAACGGCACCAUACUCGUUUCUUUCCGGAGAGUAGAAGCGAUGGUAAUUCCAGUGGCAACGUAUUACCGGGAACUGUUGUGGACACAAUAAUCGUGCACCCUUUUGAGUUUGACUUCUAUCUCUGCAGUCAUUAUGGAGCCCUUGGAACAAGCAAACCCAUACACUACCAUGUUCUUUGGGAUGAACACAGGUUUACUUCUGACCAAUUGCAGAAGCUCAUAUAUGAUUUGUGCUUCACGUCAGCAAGGUGUACUAAACCGGUAUCGUUGGUCCCACCGGUGUACUACGCUGACCUUGUGGCAUUUAGAGGGCGAUUAUACCAUGAUAGUAUGGAGGAGGAUCAGUCUCCAGCUUCAGCAUCAUCGUCAUCCUCAGCACCACUACCAGUGGCUUAUUACAAACUGCAUGCUGACCUGGAAAACAUAAUGUUUUUCAUAUGA